AUGUAUUACUGUGACGCGCCAACUGAAGUUAGGCGACAAUCCCUGAAGUUAAAACAUGACUUCUGGUGUGAAUGCAUGCCUUGUAAUAAAAAUUGGAAUCCGAAUUAUAAGCAACCGUCUUGUAUGAUGCAAAAUGGAGCCCGUAAAAAUAUGCAUAAACUACUUCAGAAGAUACAGAAGUAUGACAAGUUUCCACCGAUCGUAAAAUCUUAUCAGAUAUCUACAAGGGACAAAUCUCCAACUGAUAUUUUGAGAACAAUUACUGAAAUUACAGAUUUACUCAAUAGUUACGGUAAAUACGUCAAUUAUCCAUGUGCUGAAAUCGAACACGCAAAGAAUUUAUUGCUGAAUAUUUUGCAUUGGGUCGGUGGGUAUUAAUUAAGUUUUUUAAUCGUUUUAAAUUUCAUUCAAAAGUAUUUUUUCAUUUUCAUUGAAUAUGUCAUUAAAUAAUAAUUAUUAACAAAAAAUAUACAAACAUUCAACUUCAUUUACAAUACUUGAAUUUACAAAUUGAAAAUUACUAAUCUGUAGUGUUUGAAUAAUUGAAUUUUUAUUAUGUUCUUAAUAGUCCUUCUAUUUGCAUAGAUUACUAUUAUAAAUAUUACAC